AUGUCCGCGAGGAAAACGUUAGAGGAACGAUUCUACGAACUGGAUGCGGAUCACAAUGGCUUUAUUUGUCGCGAGGAAUUCACCCAAGAAAUUCAGCGAUGUGGACUCCCGGAAAGAUUGGCAGAGCGACUUCUUCGUAAUCAUGACGUGAAUGGGGAUGGUCAGGUAACGAAAGAAGAAUUCAUUGCAAGUUUGACGAAGAUCGAGGAGGUAAUUAAAAUUCUGAUUUUGUAA